AUCAGUUUGCCGGUGUGCGGUGACAAAGCAAGAAUUUGAUAGUUAUCUUCUCCUUUUACCGAUUUCUGAUGAAUUAAAACCAAAUAAACACAUUCCAACCCGUUCUAUAUAAACAUAAAUAUCUUGUGCAGCGUAACAAAUCACAGAAAUUACAAUGAGUAUUAUGUCCUACAACGGAGCGGCUAUUAUAGCCAUGAUUGGUAAAGACUGUGUGGCCAUUGCUGCUGACAGACGCUAUGGCAUCCAGGCACAGACUGUCAGCACUGACUUCCAGAAGAUCUUUGAAAUGGGACCAAGAUUGUAUGUGGGUUUGCCAGGUUUGGCCACUGAUGUUCAGACAGUUGGACAGAGGUUGGCAUUCCGACUGAAACUUUAUGAACUCCGUGAAAACCGACGGAUUAAGCCAAAGACAUUUAUGAGUAUGGUGUCAAAUCUACUUUAUGAGAGGAGGUUCGGUCCCUACUUCGUGGAGCCUGUGAUCGCUGGCCUGGAUCCUUUAACCGACAAGCCGUUCAUUGCAUCCAUGGAUCUGAUUGGCUGCCCCAUGGUUACAGACGACUUUGUCGUUAGUGGAACGUGUUCAGAACAAAUGUACGGAAUGUGCGAGACGUUAUGGAAACCAGAUAUGACGCCAGAUGAACUAUUCGAGCAGAUCUCCCAAGCAUUACUGAACGCCGUCGACAGAGAUGCUUGUUCUGGAUGGGGUGGAAUAGUUCAUGUCAUUGAAAAAGACAAGGUUACAACUAGGACACUGAAAGGAAGAAUGGAUUAAGAUGUAUUCACAAACACUAGCUUGGACAAUAUGAACUAUAAAUGAGUAAUAUCAGCUGUUUGUGAGAAUGCAAUGACCUAAUUCCUGACUUUCCGCUCGAUCAAAGAUGGAAAACCUCCUGUGCACGCUACUUAGUGCAGUAUAAACAGUCUCUGUGUCUUGUGGUGUGGGAUAACGCAAGAUAAGAACGAGUGUUGAGUUAGGUUCUGAAUGGAAAGUUGGGUUCAAGAAGUAUUUUUUCAUUCUGCCACAGGAAUUCCCAUGUUUGUCAAUCUAACUUUGGCUGAUUGAAGCUUUGUGCUGAUGGUUCAAUCUGAUUGUUGAUUGAAAAUCUGUGUUGUAAUGCCGAAAUCUUGACUAUCUUCUGAAUGGGAAUUUAGUAUAAUGUGCUACUUGGUCACUUGUUCGAACUGAAAACUGGGUAAAAACUUGUGGAAAAAAUGUAUCAUCACAUUUCCAAUAAAGAAUGUUUUUGA